AUUUGUACUAUUGGAAUCUAUUUCCCCGAUCGAUUUAAAUUAUUUAUUUAUAACUAAUUGAAGAUUAUAUGUAUGAAAUCAGUAAUCAACACAUGGAAUGUUAUUUUCAACGAUGAAUAAUAAUAAUAAUAAUAAUCCAUUAAAUUAUUAUCGAGAGUCAAAUUUCACUCACUGUCAGGAUAUAUGUUUUAGUGAUUUGAAUAAUGAUUCAUGGAAAUGGGAUCUAUUAAAUAUGUCAUCGAAUUUAUUCAAAGUAGAGACGAUCGAACCAACAAGUCAAUCAUUAUCAAUGGAUUCUUCAAUGAGUGGUUCAACAUUAUAUCCAGUUGAAAAUUUUGAAAAAGUCAAUACAAAUAUUCAGAGAACAAUUAAAGAGAAAAACAUUUUUAAUGAAUUAUCAAUACAAAAGAAUCCUGAAUAUGUCAAUCAGUCUAAUAAUAAUAAUAAUAAUAAUAAUAAUAAUAAUAAUAAUCAACCAAUUGAUUUAACAAUGAAUCAUCAUCGUCACCAUCGUCAUGAGAAUCAAUUAAGUUAUGAGCAUACAACAUCAUUGUUUUAUUCAAAAAUGGAACAUAAUGCAAAUGAACAAUAUAUCAAUAGAGUAUAUCCUGAUAAUUCAAAUCAUAAUGAUUCUAUAAUACUUCCAUGUUUAUUGUGUAAAACUAUUCAACAUUCUCCAUAUCAAUUAUUAAAUCAUUUAGAAAAUAUUCAUAAAAUCAAUUCAGAUCAAUUUACAAUUGAACAUAGAAAUCAUGAAAAUAUUCCAGGAACAAUAUUUAACAUUGAACGACAACAACAGCAGAUUGAUUCAUCAUUAAAACAAUCUAAUGUAAAUCAUAAAUUAAUUCAUACUGAUUUAUAUAAAUAUUCUAAAAAUUUUACAAAUUAUUUCAAUCUAUUUAAUUUUAUAUAUAAAAAUUUAUUUUAUUCUUAUCAUAAGAAGGUUGAUGAAAUGGAAACAAUCACAUCCAAUUAUUCCAUAUCACCUAAAUAUAUAAACAAUCAAUUAGUUCAUGAUGGAAAGGAUCAGUUAGUACAAGUUGAACCAUUUUCUAAUGUUGAUCUUAAUCAAUUAACUAUAUUGGAUGAAAAUAAUCAUCAGAAUAAUUCAAUAAAUGAAAGUGUUAUAUCCUAUGAAUUAUCUUUAGAUCAAAAUUCAUUUUAUUGUUUAAAUAGAGAUAAAAAGUCUACGAAACAAUACAAUAUAACUUAUAAUUCUAAAGAUAUUUCAGAGAAAACUUCUUAUCUGAAUCGACAUUUUAUUAAUUCAAUUAACCAUAGUAAUAAAAAUAAUAAUACUGGGGUGAAAAAACAAUCAUCCAAAUUAAUAGCUCAUUUAAGACGUGAUAUAUGUGAAUAUUGUGGUAAAAUAUUUCGAAAUUGCAGUAAUUUAACUGUACAUCGACGUAUACAUACAGGUGAAAAACCAUAUCAUUGUAAUAUAUGCACAUAUUCAUGCGCUCAAUCAUCAAAAUUGACAAGGCAUAUGAAAAUACACAAUAAACAACAAAAAAUUUGCAAAUUAAAAACAUCUAAUUCCGAAUAUUCAGUGAAACAUUUAAAUAAAACAAAAAAUAAUUGUAAAUAAUGUAAUAAAAGUUUAACAUCUCAUAAAUAUGAACGUCAUUUAGAAGCAUGUAAAUACGUUAUUUGAUUACUGAUGAAAACAUAAGUAUACUAUUUCAUAGAUAAGAAACAAGUAUAAAAAAUUCGCCAUAAGUAAUCUGAAGAUAUUACUUGUACUAGAGGAAGAGUCGCUAAGUUCUUAUUUGAGCGCCAAUGUAAUAUAUACCUUGUUGUAUUCAUUAAAACAAGGAUUGAUCAUUUUUCUUCUAAACUCAACUAUUUUUGUUUAAUUGUUUUACUACUUAUUUCAAAAUGAGUAGGCAAAACAAUAUGUAUUUUUGUAAUUUACAUAUAGAUUUUAGUGAUUAGCAUUUACAGAAUGUUGUGAUUUAUUUUAUUUUAAGAUAGAAAAUUGAAAUUAGUUACUGUUUAGUAUCACACUUUAGAGGGGCAUAUUAAUCUAAUCUCAAAUGUACCAUGAUUUAUGAAUAUUCAUUUUUGAGAAGUUCUGAACUAAGGGGAAUUAAUUAUCUACGGUUGUCAAUGGUUUUAUUGUUGGUAGUUUACUGUGAUGAAAAAUGAAAAGUUUAAAUUUGUAAUCAUUAGAUCGCUUACUUGGUAAGUUUUAUCAACUAUCUCCUUAUCUUUCGAGGUUUUCGCACUGCUAAUUGUGGUUCUGGCAAGAAUGUGGGGUAUCUCCAUACAGAAUCGAACACUUGGAACCAUAUGAAAUGGAUGUGUGUGUGUUAGAGUAAGGUUAUUUUUAUUAGUGUAUACAGAUUUAUUGUAUAGAGGCUGAUAUAUAAGCUAUAACCAUGCCCCAACAGUAUUUAUUGAUUACUGUUCAAUAGUUAAGCAGUAAAAUUCAAUAAUUGUAUUUUGUAUCACCAAUUUUACCCUUGAUCUCAUUCAAUAUGCUUAUCGUAUUGAGAAUAAAGCAUCGUUCGUGUUAUAGAUAUGACUUAUAUAAUUUAGUCGGUAAAAUGGUAAGGACGGAAAGUCACUGCCUCUAACAACCAAUAGUAUCCAGUAAAAAGUUACUUUCAUAAUUCAUUACUGUAUUGAUAAACGAAACGACAAUUGUCGAGAUGAAAUUUCAGUAGAGAAAACAACACCCACUGAAGAGCAGAUUCUUUCAGUUGGGUCUCAAAAACAAAGUAACACUCAUCAUUCGUUCUACAGCAAGUUAUUGAUCCCGCGAGGCGGGAUCAUGGAUGC